AAUGCCUGUAGGCAAAGGUGUAGGCUUAGAUGAUUGCGACACCUUUGCCCUCGAAAAGGAGGAUGAUAUAUAAACUAGAGGCGAUACCGGUAACCCAGUUUUUUAUAAGCCUUUGGACACUUGCAGACGAAGCAUGAUGCUCAAAGCGUGCAUCCUACUUGUUGUUGCAGCUCUAGCUGUAGCCGCACCAGCCAAAUCCAAAUCUGACGAUUUGGAAGCAUCUGAAGGACGUCACGUUCCUACUUACAGCGCUUCUUAUGGAUCACCCAUUGCUUACGCUGCACCAGCGCCCAAAUAUGGCGGCGCUCAAGUAACAUCAUACAGCAGACGAGGUUCUUAUGCUCACGGAAGUGACUUUGCCAAACCCAGCAUCUAUGGAUCUAGCUACAAAGCUGAACCAUCAAUAAGAGCACCAGCUUACAGCGCUGAACCAUCCUAUCAUGGAUCUUUACACGGAUAUGCCAGUGCACCAUCUGUCUACCCAGCUGCUCCCUCAGUUGCCUAUGGUGCCUAUGGACCUCAAACCAACGCCUAUUCUGCCCACUCUCAGAUUCAAUCCCAGGAUCCAAGCUAUGAUGCAGCUAAGGAUCCAGUAAGCCAGUAUGCUGCUUACAUUCCAGCUAAGGAAUAUGCUAAAGGUCAAUCUAUUGGAAACGAAUUGAGCAUCUAUGGAUACUAAAAAUAGAACAUCUGAAACUGUUUUUAACAAUAAAAAUUCUAAAAUUAUUAUUUAAACCUACCAAUGAGUUAAACACGCAUUUCAGUUACAUCUCUUGUUAUCUAUUGGUCAAGCAAAUCUAUUGGAAAUCUAUAACCCUCUACCUAUCUAAAUACAUUAAAAAUCUAUUGUAAAUAAAGGUCUAUCCAUCGGAUUGACCUAAGAAAAUGAAAUAUCUAAAACUGUUUUUUACAAUGAAAAUUUGAAAAUUAUUAUUAAAAUCUACCAAUGAGUUAAACGUACAUUUCAGUUAUAUAUCCUGUAAUCUAAGCGCCAAACUAUCUAUUGGAACUAUAUUGCCAAUCAAACGAAAUCUAUUAAGAAUCUAAUGGAAACACAGGUCCAUUUAUUGGAUUGACCUAAAGGUUAAUCCAUUGGAAACCUAUUGAGCAUCUAAGUAUACUUAAAAUAAAAUAUCGGAAAAUAUUUUUUACAG